UGUCAUCACAGAUGUACCCCCAGCUGUCACUCCACCCUGCUCCGUCUCUUCCUCUCUUUUUCUCUCUCCUCUCUCCUCCCCACUUGCCGCUUUCUCGAUUAUUCAGCUGACUGCCAUUCCUAUUGCACACUGCUAUCUCCCCUUUGCUCCACUGCUGCACUUCCGAUGGUUCCAGAGUCUUGGCAUCAUGCAGGGCGAAGGGGGAUGAUGCCGAGCGGCGCUUUACGAGCGCUUGCCUGCCUGCCUGCACAUUGCUUGCACAGGAACGUUGGGAUACCCACAACAGGGUUUGGCAACUCUAAAGAGACUCCAUCCCAGCCAGCGGGGAACAAUUAGUCAGACUGCUGUUCAUUCCUGCAAGAAAGUGUGCCAGCCUGGCUGGCAGGCACAAGACACCACGGGGAAAACAGUAACCAUCAUGCUGUCUCUGAGUGGAGGCUACUGGUGGAGCAACAGGCUUUCCCUGAGAUGGAGAAAAACUAGCUUGCUUGCCUGUUGGCUUUCAUUCUGUGCAGCAGAGUCCCUCAUUGCUUGCCCCUCCCUUUGCAAAUGCAACAGCGGUACUCUAGAGGUGGACUGUAGUGGCUUGGGCCUUUCAUCUGUUCCCUUGGACAUUCCUACAAAUACCAGGACCUUCCUUUUCCUCAACAACGAACUCAGCAUUUUGCCAGAACAAACUUUUUCCAAUUUCUCUGCCCUCCAGAGACUAGAUCUUUCCAACAAUUUCUUAGACCAACUUCCUGAGAACAUUUUCAGAGAUCUAGUAAACCUCACUGAAUUACAGCUGAGGAACAACAGCAUCAGGAGCCUGGAUAAAGAUCUUCUGCAGAGCACUGUUCUCCUGCGUCAGCUGGACCUCUCCAUCAAUGGGCUUGCUCAAAUCCCCUCAGGCAUAUUUGAUGACCUGCCCUCUCUCCGUUGGCUUUCCCUCAGGUCAAAUCGCCUGCAGAACUUGGACAGGGUGACCUUUGAGCCUUUAGUUAGCCUGCAGCAGUUGCAAGUGGGGGACAACCCCUGGGAAUGUGACUGCAACCUGAGAGAUUUCAAAUACUGGAUGGAAUGGUUCUCUUACAGAGGAGGAAAGAUAGACCAACUGGCAUGUACCCUGCCUAAGGAGCUACGGGGAAAAGAUAUGCGCAUGGUGCCCAUGGAGAUGUUUAACUACUGUUCCCAGCUGGAGGAUGAGAACAGCUCUACUGUACUGGACAAUAUUGGUCCUCCUUGCAGUAAGGGAGCCCCAAUUGCUCCCAAGCCUAAAACAACAACUCCUGAAGCAGAAGAGGAUCCCAGUGUGGGUUGCCCCCAGAAACAAAGAUACCGGCCUGUCAGUGUGCGCCGAGCCAUUGGCACAGUCAUCAUAGCUGGGGUGGUUUGUGGCAUCGUGUGUAUUAUGAUGGUAGUGGCAGCAGCAUAUGGCUGUAUCUAUGCAUCUCUCAUGGCUAAGUACCAUCGGGAGCUGAAGAAGAGGCAGCCAUUAAUGGGUGACACAGAAGGCGAACAUGAGGAACAAAAGCAGAUUUCCUCUGUGGCAUGAAUACCUUAUUGGAAAUUAGUGGCAGAAGAGAACAGGAUAUGAGAAGCCUAUGGCUUGGGCCUUUCCACAUCUUCCAAGACAUACAGAUGGACUGUGCUGCUGUUCCAUUCAUCCAAUUAGUAAAACAUGCUUCUGGGUUCAGAACACCUGGCUCUGGGUUCAAGUCCCUCUCACUUGCCUCUGUCCUCAUGUACUUCCAAGUGAAUAAACUGUAGUCAGACCUCAAGUGCUUAUCAUUUUUCCUCUUUGCACAAGACUCCCCACAGAUGCUCAUUUAUGGGGAAGUUCAGCCAACCCAGCACUAUCUUGCCUCUGCUUCAGUUCCUGACUCCUUCAGAAACUCCCAUACCACCACAGAAUCUUUUACCAACAAAACGAGAAGCCAAAGGCACUUAGACAACCCCUGUGAAAGUGUUUAAACUUCACAGGUUCGGUCACUGAUAUUACUGCAUGACGAUCUACUCCUUCCCAUUAGCUGUAUAUUCAGAAAAACCUAGUUCACAGCCAGCGCAGAACUGAUGAAAGGCCUGUAACUGAGUGCACAAUAUCCACAGGGAAUUAGACUUUCCUGUUUUUAACAUUACAAAGGAAUUAAUAUCCUUUUACAUUAAAAAAAACGCAUUGCGUAUAUUCACUCUGUUGUGUAGUCUAGUCUACACAACAAAGAGUGCAGACAAAUAAAAAUAUUAACAUAGGCUGAUCACCCACAUAUAUACACACUUAUUCAUAUACACACCUCUGUCCUUUGCAUACCAUCUGUAGAUUACUAUUUGUAGAGCGCUAUAAAGUGUGCCAGCUACUGCCUGAUAUGGAUGAUAAUUUAUGAUCCCUGCAAUGAAGGACAUUAAAAAGUAUUUGAAGAAGCAGCAAAGGUGAAAUAAAGAAAGGAUGGGUCGUGACUAUUAAAAGGACAGUUACUUUGGGAAGGCUAAUGUGUAUCCUCCAAAAGGGAAAACAUUUUUUCUGGGAUAUUAGAGAAUUAAUCUGAAAGGCUCUUAUAGUCUUUGUGGCAGAAGUGGGUCUCUGGAAGGGAUUUAAGAGGAGAACAGCCUUUCUGAUCUCCUUAGAAAGAGUAUUUUGAGGACUUGGGUAGUGGUGGGGAGGAGUAUGGAAGUGGUUUUACAGAAAAAAAUACACACUGUAGGUCAUAACCAGAAUCAUUAAUGUGGCUAUAUGCAAUGUAACACAGUGUGGGUCAGAUAGGGAGAAUUGGACAAAAUGAUUUACAGCCAUGAAUAAGACAUCAAGGAGUAUCAGUGUAAAAUGUAGAGAGGAGAUGCUGUUCAGGGUCAAUGUUGGUCAGCUCUUCAUGCAAACACUCUACUGAUAUAGGCAUGUGUGAAUGAGACUGGUGCAUGUAAGCAGCCAUGCAAGAGUCCUACUCAAAAACAGGGAGAAUAGCAUUAAUAUUCUCUGCAGCAUCCAUGCAUAUAAUACACACAUACACUCAAGGAACACACAGAUGCAUACAUGAGCACAUGCAUGCAUGUGCACGUACACACUGAACACACAUGAAUUCUUAUGCAGGGUAUAUUUCCCAAGCUCAAAGCAUAUCACAUUAGCCUCAUUUCAUUUCAAACUGAUGGCAGGGAGGAGGGAACCAACAUAAGGACUCAUUUUAUAUAACUGAAAGUGGGAUAAAGUGCUGUCUCCAGGGGAGAGCACAUAUUGCCAUGGUAACCUGCUCUAGCCCAUCACAGCGGGUAUUCCUGGGAUAGGAAGAUGACACGAGAGGUCGUGCAGCCGCAGUUUUUGUGGAUACUGUGAUCCUUGCAGUCAUGAAAAAAAAAAUUGGCAGCUGGCCCAGAUUCCAAGGUAUCUCUCUAGCAACUCAGGAGCAGAGCCCAACAAUCACCUUAGUUGGGCAUGGAGCAGGUCUUCAGAAUUCUUCCUUCUUUUGUUGUAUUCUUAUGCCUUUCAACGAGCUCAAGUUUUUCUUUAACUGUUGCUGCUGGUUUGAAUAGAAGCAAUGCUUACUUUCCUUUAACUCAUCCCUAAAUCUCCUGUCAGCAAACAAGAACACUGUGAAGGACUCAAGAUUACAUCUUGGGAGCAGUAAUUCAACCCUCUACCAUCCUAUUAGCAAAGAACUAUCACAUCCCAAAAGAGGGAAUAACCUUCAGACAGACAGGCGUGGCAGGAAAAAAAUUCUCAUGGAACAUUAAGGAGGAGACGGUGGGAAAUGAGAUUCAUUCAUUUAUUAAAUUUGUAUCUCCUACCCUUCCUCUCAAAGGAGCCCAGGGCAGCAAACAUCAAAAUGUUAAAACAACACAAUUUAAAAUGGUAGCCAAACGGUGGAUUUGACUAUGGCAUCUAAUUUUAAGAUCUGUGCAGAAGAUCAGCAUCAAGGUAAGAGGCAAAUUCCAAGAAUAGAGGAUAGACUCUUUCUCUCAUUACGUACCAUGUAUGUAUUGUAGUCCCUCAAAGUUUGCAACUCCACUUCCGCUUUAUCCCAGACUGAUGGGCAAAAUGAGGCUACUAAAGACUCUAGCUAAUGUAUGUAUGUAUGCCUGUAUUGCUCCUACUGCAUAUAUACCGAACAAGCUAGCACUGGCACUUUGCCUGGAUAUACAAUUCCAACCUUACUGUCUCUAUAAUCUUCCCAAAGGAACGUACCUCUGUAACAUACAUACUGGACAGCACAAUUAUACUUGAAAUUGGAUUUUUGUCAGAGCUGUAUAUUUAUAGAUCUCUAUUUUACUUCUAAGAAAAAAAUAUGACAUGAUUGCACAGAACAAAUGAUGUGUGCAUGUGUGUUUAGAGGAUGAGAAAAACUGAGGAGCGCAAAUUAGGUUUGGCGGGGGGGGGGAAUCCCCUUCCUCUUCCAUUCCCUAUUCUCACCUUUGGCAGGUUUCCCUUUGUUGCCAAUUACAUUUUCUGUUUUCCAUGUUGUGAGUUUAAUUACAACUUUAAACUUUAUUCUAAUUUAUCAUUUGAUAUGGCAUAAGGUUGGCCCUGAUACUUCCACAUUUAGAAAUCCACAUCUGAAAAGGGGAAGUAAGUGAAGGGACAAAGUAAGUGUUUGUUAAGAAAAGUAGGGGUGUUGGAUGGAUAAUGUUGGUCUCAAAGACACUGGAGUACUUGGGUAGUAAAAUGGGCUGUUGAGAAUGCAAUAAGCCAAUAUAGGAAGUGUCCUCUUUCAAGCUACUGGGAAACUGUGCCUUCAGCUGUAAUCAGAAGGUCUGGAAUGAUCUUGUUACAUCAUUUAGCAUUCUUGAACUAGGGUUGAGGAAACUCUAUGAAGUCUCAGAAAAUAUGCAAAAUGUCUUGCAUCCCAUCAUCUUCCAUUCACAUAAAACCACAAUAUAUACCUGUUGAAAACACAGGGAUUUAGACCAUCUGAUUCUUAUAUGGUUGCUACAAGUUUAUACUCUGGCUGUGGGCAGUAUAGACAAUCAAAAGAAGAAAGGGUUUGGAUCUACCAAUUUCAUACUACUUAUUCCAUUUGAAAAAGAGGUUCACUUGUAUAACAUUUCAGAACUGCUGUUCAAGUGAACUGAGAAGAUGAAUUCCUUAGCAAUAGGACCCUUCAGCAGAAUCAGUAUACUCUUUCUACUGGUUAGAGAUCAGAAUGCAUACCUGUACUAGACUACCUAUGUAUAAGACCAGAAUACUACCAGAAGUAUAUGCAUGUGUAACUGUUAUGCUGAGAUUAUUCGGGAGUUUAGCGAUAUGCCACCAGUGUUAAAAUUUGUAUAUACAAGACCACGGGGCACUUCACAAGUGGCACAAAUAAUGCCUAUUAAUGUGCUACUUGAGAACUCUGUUACUAUGGGAUCUAACAUGGGGAAUAGCCCUAAUACUUCAUAACUUUCAAACUAUUCUAUUAAUUUUAAUAACCAGACUGGUGUUUGUUUCUCUGUAGGUAUGAGUAGGCCUGGUUUUGAAAACACAUGCCAAAGUGCCAUUACUGAAAAUGAAGCAGCAUAGCUCUCCUGUGGGCUUGACUGGUGCUGAUCAAAACAGAUUGGAAGAUAAUUAGAAAUGAGAAAGGGAUGCAAUGCAAACAUUCAUAAUGCAUGCACCUGUUAACAUCACUGCAGAAAUCCGGCAUACAAGUGGUUUAAGUAAAAAUUUCUACAUCACUUGUGAAAACUCCCUCCAGGCUAUCAGGUGCAACCAGCAGCUGACAGCUAAGGAGAGGCUACCCUUUUAAAAAAAUGUUGGCAAAAAGCCAUAAUGAAGGACAACCUAAUUCCUUUAGUAAAGGUGGAUAUAGACAAGAAUGUACUUUCCUGUGCUGGUAGGUCAAUACAAGAAAAGCCAAGGAAAAUUUAGCUCCUGGUACAGUCAGACUAACCCAAGAAAACAAGAGGUAGGCACAGUUCCUCGGGGUGGGGGUCUUGAAAGGAGGACUGAUUAGCACAUACAAUCCUUUUUUCUGUUAGAAUUUAAGGGAGAAACAGUUUUUAAAAAGCAGUUGAAGGUAUAGUAUAUUUCUGGCUUGUUGUUUUAGAAGAAUAAUAAAGAAUGUAUUUUCCUAUGCAA